UGCAGUUACUCUACUUAUCUUCCUCGUUUCUGUCCGCUUACGAAGACUGAUAAUGUAGACUCAAGUUACUAAGCGAGAACCAAGCCUUCAAAUAAAGUUAACACUCCCGUUGCCGAUUACCACUGACCUAUAGUCCUCUGCAAUCCCUUAAAAAGCCUUAUCACUGCUGCAGAUUCCGAUCAAGAUCCUCUCGGGUCUACAAUGGCUGCAAAAAUGGCAGCGUUGGUGAUGCUAAUCCUGACGCUGCUGGUUGUGUGUCUCGACGCGGACAACACCAAAAGGGUCUACCACCCUUGCGCCGAUACCAAGAUUCAGAGAUCUGAUGGCUACACUUUCGGCAUUGCUUUCAGUUCCAGGGAUUCGUUCUUCUACAAUCAGUCCCACCAGCUCUCUCCAUGUGACAGCCGUCUCGGUCUGGCUUCGUCGUCGCCGAACUCACAGCUCGCCUUGUUCCGCCCGAAAGUCGAUGAGAUCUCCCUCCUCUCCAUCAACACCUCUAAUUUCUUUCCGGAUUCUUAUGGUGGGUAUAUGGUGGCAUUUGCUGGGCGAAAAUAUGCUGCAAGGUCUCUACCUGCGUUUGUUGCAAACAGCUCAUACAUUGUGACAAGUUUUACACUGGUGCUAGAGUUUAAGAAGGGUAGGCUACAGAAUUUGUACUGGAAGAGAGACGGAUGCGCUUCAUGCAAAGGAAAAUCUAACUUUGUUUGCCUCAAUAAACAAGACUGCGCAAUAAGAACAUCAUCUUGUAAGAACCGAGGGGGUUCAGUGGAUUGUAGUCUUGGGAUACAGCUAGCCUUUUCUGGUACCGACAAGCAUCUUACGGUGCUUAACUCAUGGUAUGAAGUAGAAAACCUGCGCCAAUAUUCUCUUUACGGAUUGUAUUCAAAUCUGAGGGAAUCCUUGACCAGCCAGUACAACAAAUUCUUUUAACCAGAAAUUUUCAAUCUUUCCCUAGAGUUUGGCUUGUAAUUUCACACUGCUGCUUUUUGUGUCCAUUGAUGCUGAUUCUCGAUUUUUUGUUUUUAUUGUGGUGCGAUUUAUAACCAUGUCUGCAGAUUGUAUUUGUUUUUUAUGCCUAGGAAUGUAUUGAUUCUACUAUUAUUAUUGAAGUUAAAAUCUUGAAUGUGAA